CUCCCAGCAGCCGACAGGAGACCAUCAGCAGCACACAGAACUCCUAAAGAAUAAAAGCCUGUGUCACUGGAUCAUUGUCAGUCGAAGGAAUUUAAAGGCACACACACCAAAGAAUAAUGAAGAUGACAGGUGGAGUCAUGUGGUGCUUUGUAGCUCUGCUCUUUGCCCUGACCUCUGUGUCAGCUAUUCAAAGGCUCAACUCCAUCAACGAUUUGAAGAGAAUCGACUUCGGCCGAUCUGUGCCUGAACACAGUCUAGUGCUGCUCUACUGGUUUGCCCACACAGUUAUCAUUGAUGGUAACAAUGACAUACGGCUGACAUUUGACCCAAGCAAUGGAGAUUAUGGCUCACAUCAGUACUACAACCAUGAGAAUCUGUUGGACCGCCUGCCUCGGGGACAACGGUACUACACCAUCGGCAAUGUCAAUCAAGGCGGGUCAAUUCAACUUCCAGCGUAUGUCCUAAACCCUCCAACUCUUGUUGGGGUAGGAAACAGUGACAGGAUUGUUAUUAGAGUGAGGGACCAGGUGAUAGAGGAAGUGUAUCUCACACAGCAUUCUUACAACCAGGGGACAUCCUAUGAUCCAUCAUAUACCUAUCAGAUAACUACAAACCUAUUAAGAGAGAUCCAUGAGUUUUCUGAGGGCGGUAACUAUCAGACUUUGGUGAAUCUCAGAGACCGCUACAGGAGUGAUGCUGAUCUUUCCCAUAUAUGGAACUCAUUGGGAGACCUCGCUUGCCUUGGAUUGUUUUUGUGUAUUGCGUUGAAGAAACAGGUCUACUUCAGGGAACAGAGCAGAAGACCAGACAACAGGAACAAUUAUGAGUCGUCUGGGAGCAGAGGAUCAGACGCUAACUCCUCAGCAGACUCUGAGAAGGACGACACCCUGUGUUGCUGUAUUUUUGUUGCUGUUCUCAUUGUUGUAGCAAUUUUGGUGAUCGCAAUUCUGACUCAUAGGUAAAUUUUGAUCAGUUAAGGUUAAGAAAGGCAGCCAUUCAACUUGAUUCAGGCUAGAGUAAGUGAUGUCUACAACUUCCUUAUCCAAGAGAGGAGGUGAUAAUAAUUGGCUUUAACGUAGAGGUGCAUCGACUGAGUGGCUGGUGACUGGAUGGGACUUCUUCAGCCUGUGAGGCUAUAAACUGUCUAGUGAUACUUUUAAGCCCAAAGUUUUGUGCCAUGUACAAAGUGAAAUGCAACCAAGUUAAAGGGGACAUAUUUUACCCCUUUAAGACAAGUUUAUAUUGGUGUCAGAGGUCCCCAAAACAUGCCUGUGAAGUUUUUUGCUGAAAAACCCCC